AUGCAUCUCAAGCACGUUGUUGCUGCCCUGGCGGCGUUCAGCUCGUUGGCUGCGGCGGCACCUGCUCAGGACGCAAAGGCCGUGGGCAAGGGGCAAGGGCAGAACCAGAACCAGAACCCGAAUCAAGACAAGAACAAUGCAAAGGGCAACAACAAUGACAAUAAGAACAAUAAGAACAACGGCAAGAACAAGAAUAACAACAACAGAAACAAUGGCGAUGUGAACAUUAUUCAAAACAUCAUCAAGCCAAACAUCAUUGUGGUCCAGGAGAACCUCGACAAGAUCAGUCAGCUGCAGAAGCAGAGUGAGAGAGAACUCGCCGCGCUGGUGCAGUCCCAGCUCGCGCUUGCGAAGCAGUUGCAGACUGUCAAGGAUACCAUCCGUAUCAACCACUUCAAGGCGCAGUUUCCUCAAGCGAACACCAUAAUCGUCACUGUCACUGGCCUCGUCGACAACAGAAACCAGGGGCAGCAAAACAAGCGAUAUCUGGUCAACCAGCUCCUCGCAGACAACGGACAGGCUGGGAAGCAGACGCUCGUCAUGGUUACGGACCCGACAAACCUGGAAAUCACGACGCAACAAGCAGCAUCGGUCCAAGCAAACGCCUUUGGUGCCGCCCGCGUGCAACUCGAAUCUCCUCCUUUGACUGCUGCUGGAUCCAACACGUCCGACGUCAGCGCUCAAGCCGUCGGGUCCACCUCCGACAGCAGCCUCAGCCUCGCGGCCUUCAGCCAGGCAGCCCCCUUUGGUCAGGUAGGCCAGAGCAUCAUUCUCCCCGCGGGCACGCAGGCGCCGCAGCUGCUCUCAGUCCCGGACCCAGCCGCCAUCAUCCUGCCGCAGCAGCAGGGCCUCUUUGUGCAGAACGCGGGGACCUUCCUGAGCGACUGCGCCAAGUCCGCCGCCAGCGCCGCCAACGGGAACCCGGCGCUGGCCGGGGCCGCGGCGCAGAUCUAUUCGAGCUUUGAGCAGAUUGCCGCGGCGCAGCUGGCGGGGUUGUCUGGGCUGGGUAUCUUCAUCGGGAACAGGGGCAAUAACACUGCGCAAGCAAUACCGCCUCCGGCUCAGGUUCAGGGCCAGCAAGGAGGACAGAACCUGGGAAGUAUCGCGGUCGGCGCGAACCAAGGACAACCGGCUCCUGCUGCCGCUGCGCAACCCGCCCCUCCACAAGCGGCACCGGCACCGGCCCAACCCGCCGCCGCUCCGCCUCAGGGGAAUACCGGGUCCGGAGUGGUGAUUGUGGGAUUAAGCCCUGGGGGCCAGAGCGCGACGCAACCGGCUUUGGCCCCACCAGCUGCCCCGCCUGCGGCAUGA